GACCACGUGGGUUGGUUUUCGCGCCGAUAGCUGGCGGGGCAGGAAGCGGCGGUGAUGGCGGACUCCUCCGAGUCGCAGGCAGCGGUGACCAGCCCCGUGCGGAGCUCCCGCCGCGGCGAUCCCUUCACGUCCAGUCCCGGUCGCGACCUGCCCCCUUUCGAGGAUGAGUCCGAAGGGCUCCUGGGGACGGAGGGGCUCCCCGAGGAGGAGGAAGAAGGAGAAGAGCUCAUUGGGGAAGGGAUGGAAAGGGACUACCGCCCCAUCCCGGAGCUAGAUGUGUACGAAGCAGAGGGCCUGGCCCUGGAUGAUGAAGAUGUGGAGGAGCUGACUGCCAGCCAGCGGGAAGCUGCUGAGCGGGUGAUGAGGCAGCGGGACCGCGAGCUGGAGCAGGGCAUGGGCCGCAUGAGGAGGGGGCUGCUCUACGACAGUGACGAUGAAGACGAAGACCGUCCUGCACGGAAGAGGCGGCUGGCAGAGCGGGCUGCUGAAGGCAUGGAAGAGGAGGAUGAAGACAUGAUUGAGAGCAUUGAGAACCUGGAAGACAUGAAAGGACACUCAGUGAGGGAGUGGGUUUCCAUGGCAGCUCCCCGGCUUGAGAUCUAUCACCGCUUCAAGAACUUCCUGAAGACCCAUGUGGAUGAACACGGGCACAAUGUCUUCAAGGAGAGGAUCAGUGACAUGUGCAAAGAGAACAGAGAGAGUCUGGUGGUGAACUAUGAAGAUCUGGCAGCCCAGGAGCAUGUCCUUGCCUACUUUCUGCCUGAGGCCCCAGCAGAGAUGCUGAAGAUCUUUGAUGAAGCAGCCAAGGAAGUGGUGCUGGCCAUGUACCCGAAGUAUGAUCGUAUUGCUCAGGAGAUCCAUGUCCGUAUCUCCCACCUCCCUCUGGUGGAAGAGCUACGGUCACUCAGGCAACUGCACUUGAAUCAGUUGAUCCGGACCAGUGGAGUGGUGACAAGUUGCACAGGGGUCCUGCCUCAGCUCAGCAUGGUCAAAUAUAACUGCAGCAAGUGCAACUUCAUCCUAGGGCCCUUUUUCCAGUCGCAGAACCAGGAGGUGAAACCCGGUUCCUGUCCAGAGUGUCAGUCUCUUGGCCCAUUUGAAAUCAACAUGGAAGAGACAGUCUAUCAGAACUAUCAGCGCAUCAAGAUCCAGGAGAGCCCUGGGAAGGUGGCUGCAGGCAGGCUGCCCCGCUCCAAAGAUGCCAUUCUCCUCGCUGAUCUGGUGGACAGCUGCAAGCCAGGAGAUGAGAUUGAGCUGACAGGGAUCUACCACAACAACUACGAUGGCUCCUUGAACACUGCCAAUGGGUUCCCAGUGUUUGCAACUGUGAUCCUGGCCAACCACAUCGCCAAAAAGGACAACAAGCUGGCUGUUGGGGAGCUGACUGAUGAAGAUGUGAAAGUGAUUGUGGGUCUGUCCAAGGAUGAACAAAUUGGGGAGAAGAUUUUUGCCAGCAUUGCUCCAUCUAUUUAUGGACAUGAAGAUAUCAAAAGGGGCUUGGCUUUAGCUCUCUUUGGUGGAGAGCCCAAAAACCCAGGUGGCAAACACAAAGUUCGUGGUGACAUCAAUGUGCUUCUGUGUGGAGACCCUGGUACUGCAAAAUCACAGUUUCUUAAAUACAUAGAGAAGGCGUCAAGCAGAGCAAUUUUCACCACUGGCCAGGGUGCUUCUGCUGUGGGCCUCACAGCCUAUGUGCAGAGGCACCCAGUCAGCAAGGAGUGGACUUUGGAGGCAGGAGCCCUCGUGCUGGCUGACAGAGGUGUCUGCCUGAUUGAUGAAUUUGACAAGAUGAAUGAUCAGGAUAGGACCAGCAUCCAUGAAGCCAUGGAACAGCAAAGCAUUUCUAUCUCCAAAGCAGGCAUUGUCACAUCCUUGCAAGCUCGCUGCACCAUUGUUGCUGCUGCCAAUCCCAUAGGUGGUCGAUAUGACCCGUCGCUGACGUUCUCGGAUAACGUAGACCUGACAGAGCCCAUCAUCUCUCGAUUCGAUAUCCUGUGCGUGGUGAGAGACACGGUAGACUCAGUGCAGGAUGAAAUGCUUGCCCGGUUCGUUGUUGGCAGCCAUGUCAAGCACCACCCAGGCAGCAAGGAUGCAGUGAAUGGGGACACUAACGAGGUCAUCCUUCCCAACACCUAUGGGGUUGAACCCAUUCCUCAAGAGAUCCUACGGAAAUAUAUCAUCUAUGCCAAAGAGAAGGUCCACCCCAAACUCAACCAGAUGGACCAGGACAAGGUGGCCAGGAUGUACAGUGAUCUCAGGAAGGAGUCUAUGGCAACGGGCAGCAUCCCAAUCACGGUGCGGCACAUUGAGUCCAUGAUCCGCAUGGCCGAGGCACACGCCCGGAUGCACCUGCGCGAUUACGUGGUGGAGGAUGAUGUCAACAUGGCCAUCAGGGUGAUGCUGGAGAGCUUCAUUGACACACAGAAGUUCAGUGUCAUGCGGAGCAUGCGCAAGACAUUCUCCCGCUACCUCUCAUUCAAGCGAGACAACAAUGAGCUGCUGCUGUUCAUCCUGAAGCAGCUGGUUGCAGAGCAGGUAAUGUACCAGAGAAACCGCUAUGGAGCCCAGCAAGACACCAUAGAAGUCCCAGAGAAGGACCUGGUGGACAAGGCUCGGCAGAUCAACAUCCACAACCUCUCAGCCUUUUAUGACAGUGAAGUGUUCAAGAUGAACAGGUUCAGCCGGGAUGUGAAGCGGAAGAUGAUUGUCCAGCAGUUCUGAGGCUGGCAGCAGAGUCUGCCACAUGCUUCUAUGGGAUGAGACCACCAUCCUCCAGCCCUCGAGGAAUGCUAUGGAGAUCCUGAGCCAGAGGGACUAGGCUGCACAUCCUCUUGCUUGCUUUGCGCCUAAUGGAUUGAGGGAGAGCAGAGCUGCUGAAGAUCUUGUAAAUAGAACAGAAUUAAGUAGUUAAAUGCCCUGUCAAGUCUGUUUAGCAACUUCAUUCACUAUUUUGCCUUGUAGCUAAGCACAGCAGGGAGAGAAUUGCUAGCCAUAUACAUGGCAUGUUUUCUGUUGGCUUGUCACAGUUGUUACAGGCUCCUCUGCAGGAGGGACCAAGUGGGAGCAUUUGGAAAGCAUUAUCCAUUCCCCUUGGACUACAAGCACCCUCAGGGAUUCUCUUUUCCCAUCUCUGGUAACUGUACAGCCUCAUGGGUGAUAAUUGAAACUGCUUUCAGCUCCAUGAACCAGCCAGUCUCUCUGCUCUGCGCCUUUGUGCCUGACACUUGACAUUUCUCCAGGUGCCCAUAUGGUUUGACCUUGUGUUUGGUUUUGUAGGGAAGGAGGGGGAAAGCAGAGGAAGACAAGAACUAAGACAAAACAUAGCUCUUUCUGAUCUUAAUGAUGAUCUCUGUGGGCACUGAAAGCUCCUUCAGUACUUGCUGGGGAGAGGCUUCUCUUGCAUUAGUGGAUGUUACCUCUAUGUAUCUGUCAGCAGGUGGGAAUUUACAGCUGAAUCCAACUGCUGCCUUUGACACCUAAAUUGAACACCCUUUCACAUCCAUUUGUUGAGGGUGAAGUAUCCACGGUGCUGGUUUUGGGCAUGGUAGUGGAGGAGACCUAAGUUGGAAUGUGUUCAGAGGGGACAAGAUGGGCUCAGUGUUCACAUGCAAUUUUCUUAGUAUGUGUGUUUUAAAUACAUUUGUUUUUCAAUACUUCUGUGUUUCCUCUUUUGGUAGCUCCUGCCACCAAGAGUGGAAGUAAGAGCUUAAGUGAGCAACCUGGAGGCUGCAUGAACUGCCCAGCAGUUUGAGGGGUUAGGUUUGGGUACAAUCACAUCUCAUAUUUGCUGUUCAGGUUAGUAGGAAUGGCCAGUGCUGGCUCUCAGCUCUAGCUGUGACAUCUGUGGACCGAUAACAGGACACAGUUGCCCUUGACCAUGAAUGCUGCCUUUCCCACCAAGGACCUGCCUGCAGUGGUUCCUUCCCUGUCUUGCCUGUUUGUGUUUGUAUCCCAUUGCAACUGUCCCAUCACAGUAUUUCCUCCCUCCCUUCCUUACACACACUUGGGUUAGACAGCCUUGAUCUCAUGCUUUGGCUGCCACUUAGAUUCCAGUGUGGGAGAACCAGUAACCCCUCCCCAGGGUGCAGCUGAGCUCUGCAGUGAAUGUGCUUUUUCCUGGCUGGAGCUGCAGGACCUUAUGGCAUCUCCAGCCUGCCGCCUGAGCUCAGGAGAAUUUGUGAGCUGGCUGCUGCAGUUGUGUGCUGGCCAAGCAGAGGUGUCCCUGGCUCUCGACACUGUGGGGUUUGUCACAGUGAUGUGUGUGCCUGUGUGUCUUUCCAGCCUGGAGCCAGCAGGGCUUGAGCCCUGCUGAGAGCUGAGCACAUGACUCUCAGCCUGAAGCUAGCUCUGCGUGUUGCCUCCUCUAUCUGCCAGCUCCCUCCUGUGUAUUUGUUAAACUGUUUUGGCUGUUUUUUUCCCCUUCCUACUGAGUCUCUGUCUACCAGGACUUUCUACAGGCAGUCAGUAGAGACACUUCCUGGUAUUCCUUACCUGCCUGAGCAAGCCUUUGUCCCUGAAUGUGGUCCUGGAUCAGGUCUGUGUUGGGGAUGGCCAAGCCGCUGUGUGCCUGCAACUGCCUGGUGAGGUCUGGUGUAGUUCCUCAAGGACACAGCUGUUAGCACCUUACCUCCUACGGCCAGAGGCCACAGAGACUGUCCCUGGGGACAGCAACUGCAAGCACUUGCACAGUGGCCAGCUCCGUGGGGAACCCACAUACCUUGCUUGGGAAAGUCCUGGCCCUGAGAGAGCAAAACCAGAAAUAACAAGGGAUGAAACAAGCUUGCAAA